AAGUAGCAAAGUGACUAACUAGUUCAGUAGCCAGACGUAGUCGAACGCGUUCGUCCCGCCGCACACGCCGUACCAUAUGGAAUAGAUCGCGACCGAAACCUAUAAAAAUACUAUUCGAAUUUGCAGUUUAAAAGACAGAAUAGUCAGAGUUAAAUACAGAUUCAGUAUUCGUAUUCACUAACUGGGACAAGGUGAUGUUAGAAACGAAAAAUAUUCUAUUUUAAACCAACAUAUGUUAAACGAAAUUAUUAUACCGUGAAUAAAUACACGAACGUGUUAUCGCACCAGAAUUGGCGAAGUCCGGCCGCAAUAUUAUCAACUCAUGGGUUGUUCAUGGUGUACACUACUACACGUGGUGCUUCCCGCCGCAACUCAAUCCGCAGCGUGACGCAAUAUUUGUAUGACUUGCCACAUGAUUUUCGGCCACAGUUCCAGCAUUACGACGGUUUUACAUAGUGAAUGUGUUAAAAUAAAAUUCGCGCGAAUUUUUUUAGUGUGCGUUCAGUAAAAUAAUUUUCAAAAACCAUUAAAAAUGGCUAAAGUUGCCGACGUAGAUGGAUUAGCUCCCAAGGCUAUCGAAAAUGAAGUUGAAAGCAGUGAUGGUGUCGAUAAAGGAUCUGGUGGAGGUGUGCGAUUGAAAAAAGAGUUGAGUCUAAUGAACGGUGUGGCAAUAAUUGUGGGUGUAAUAGUCGGAUCAGGAAUAUUUGUUUCUCCAAGUUUGGCGCUAAAACAUGCAGGUUCUAAAGGAAUGGCUCUCAUCGUGUGGGUUUUAUCUGGAUUCUUGUCCAUGAUAGGAGCGCUCUGUUAUGCAGAGCUAGGUACGAUGAUCCCGAAAUCUGGUGGGGAUUACGCGUAUAUCGGUGAAGCGUUUGGUUCUCUACCGGCUUUUCUCUAUCUGUGGGUUGCGCUCUUCAUCCUUGUACCGACGGGAAACGCAAUCACAGCCCUGACCUUCGCCGAAAACAUCCUGAAGCCGUUAUGGCCAGUUUGUAAUCCUCCGGUCGUAGCAGUCAACCUUAUUGCAGCCAGCAUUACCUGUUUCCUGACACUAAUUAACUGUUAUAACGUGAAAUGGGUGACGCGAGUUCAAGACUCAUUUACCGCUGCGAAAGUACUGGCGCUACUCGUGACAUUCUUCGCGAGCUUGGUCUACUUAUUCUCCGGACACACGGAAAACCUGCAGUACAUGAUGGAGAAAACAACAACGGAUCCAGGGGAGAUCGCUAUAGCAUUUUAUACCGGCCUAUUUUCGUAUUCUGGCUGGAAUUACCUGAACUUUGUUACUGAAGAACUGAAGGAUCCCUACAAGAAUCUUCCACGAGCAAUCUGCAUAUCUAUGCCGGUCGUGACCUUGGUCUACACGCUAACCAACGUCGCCUAUUUCGCUGUAUUGUCCAGUGACGAAAUCCUUUCGUCCUCCGCCGUUGCUGUUACGUUCAGCGAGAAAAUUCUCAAAAUGAUGUCUUGGAUAAUGCCGCUCUUCGUGGCUCUGUGUACAUUUGGAUCCCUCAACGGCGCCAUAUACACUUCCUCGCGACUUUUCUUCGUCGGUGCCAGGAACGGACAUUUACCUUUGGCGAUUUCACUCAUAGACAUCAAGAGGUUGACCCCGGUGCCCUCACUCAUAUUUAUGUGCCUGGUCACCCUACUGCUACUGCUGUCGAACGACAUCGAAGCUCUGAUGGUGUACGUGACUGCCGUCGAGGCUUUGUUCACUCUCUGCUCGGUGACCGGCUUGCUGUGGAUGCGCUACACGCGACCACGCCUCCAGCGACCGAUCCGCGUCAGUCUCGUCCUGCCGGCUAUCUUCCUGAUAACCUGCACGUUUAUUGUCAUAUGCUCGUGCUUUAAAUACCCGAAGCACGUCGGCAUAGGGGUCGCCUUCAUAGCGCUUGGCGUCCCCAUAUACAUGAUAUUCAUCAAAUGGCAGAAUAAACCCAAUUGGAUAUUAACAGCGUGCAAUAGCUUCAAUUUGGCGUGUUCCAAGCUGUUUUUGUGUUUACCCGAGGACUGCAAAGAAUUAUGAUCUUUAUGUCUUAAAUUUUAAUGUUCGCAUUUAUGUACGUACCAUAUAGGUAUGCUAUUUUUGUUUUGCGUAUAAGAUUUCGAAGAUCUGUCGAGCUUAUGAUCUGACAAUAUAUAUUAUGAUUCCUGCGACGUAAUUUUAAGUUUGUAUUGAAGUGUGUCUGAAAUCGUGUGUAAUUAUCGUAUUGGCUGUACAAAUAAAAAAAUUAAAUGUC